UUGAUAGAAAAGCACAACAGGCGGAAGUGUUGCGGGCGACCGGCAUUCGCCAGAGUGAGAUAAACAUAACAAAUUGCAAACGUUCAGGAAGUGCUUAUCAGUCCGAAAUUUGUUUUUGUUUCGCUUUAAAGUGCAUUUUGUUUAUUCGAAACAAAAAAGUACAACAAUAAAAGUCGAUGUGCGAAUGUGAAUUGUUUAAUAAUAGUAGAAUUAUGAGUGCGGGUGUGUGUGUCGGCCAAAAGCCGGCAAAGCCAUAAAUUCAUUCAUGCCACUGAUAACAAACUGCAAAUUUUUCUUCUAAACAAAUUUAAUUACUUUUCGAAUAUCAAUCCACAUACACCACUUCCCCGACUCCUGUUCCAGCUUCUUUGAGUACACACAUUCAAAGCGUAUUUGUCAAAGUGUGAAAAAAGUGCGAAAAGUGUUAAAAAUGUCACACCCGUGUUAUAUUGCAAAUGUUGAAAAAUCAUAAAAUAAAAGAAGCAUACAAAGUUUGCCAAAAACGGAUUAAAAUCAAAGGGGAUUCAUAUUACAAUCCGGACAAGCGUCAGCGGGGCGCCAAUCGAUUGCGCACCACAGGAGUCUCGGCAACAUUUGUAAGUUGUAAAAAUGUGGUCUCCACGCUCGGGUGGCAGCGUGUGGCCACAGAAAUGGAAACAAACAAAGUGUCAGCGGCAGCAGCUGCUGCAAUUGAAUUUGGUUGUAUUUGUAAUUUUGGCAUCGUUGCUCCUGCAGGCUGAGGUUUCAUAUGCAAGUCAAGCGCUCACCUUUACAAUUGAGCCGCAGGAUGUGGUCGUGCCGGAGGGACAUUCAGUGCUGCUGCAGUGUGGCGGCACAGCACAAAUCGGCAAAACAGCGAAAUUGCUACCGAAUAUACGUUGGCGUGGACCAGAUGGACAGGAUUUGGGUAUAGUGGGUGACACAUUUCGCACCCAGCUAAAUAACGGUUCGUUGUACAUAAGUUCAGUUGAGGAGAAUCGCGGCUUGACCGGCUCCUAUCAGUGUCUACUAAGCGCUGAUGGCAUUGGCAGCAUUGUAAGUCGCGCGGCAAUCGUGUCGAUAGCGCGUUUGCCUGAUCUAAAUCAAGACUUUAUCGAAACGUAUCUGCUGCCCGGUCAGACGGCCUACUUUCGCUGUAUGAUCGGCCAAGUUCAGCCAGGCAUCAAGCACGCCGUGCAAUGGCUCAAAGACGAUAUACCGCUCGUGUUGGACAAAUUGCGUAUGGUCGUGCUGCCAAAUGGCGCUCUGGAGAUCGAUGAGGUGGGCAUUGGCGAUCGCGGCGCCUAUCAGUGCAACGUGACAUCGGGCAGCGUGUCGCGUUUGAGCAGCAAGACAAGCUUGAACAUCAAAAAGAUGACAGAUCCAGGUGGCGAAACCCUAGUAGCGCCAUCAUUUCUGGUGGGUCCCUCACCGAAAACCGUAAAAGAGGGCGAUAGCGUUACGCUCGAUUGUGUGGCGAACGGUGUGCCUAAGCCGCAGAUUAAGUGGCUGCGCAAUGGCGAGGAGCUGGAUCUCAAUGACCUGGAUUCGCAAUUCUCCAUCAUCGGUACGGGUUCGCUGCAAAUUUCCUCUGCCGAAGACACCGACUCGGGCAACUAUCAGUGUCGUGCAAGCAAUAAAGUCGACUCACUCGAUGCGCAAGCCACUGUGCAAGUGUUGGUGCCGCCUAAGUUCAUUAAGAGUCCGAAGGACAAGGCCGCUCACGAAAAGGAAGAAUUAGAGUUGGAGUGUGCGAUACGCGGCAAGCCGAAGCCACUGAUCCAGUGGUUGAAGAACGGUGAUGUGAUCACGCCCAACACUUACAUGCAGUUGGUUGCAGGUCACAAUCUGCGCAUUUUUGGUCUGCUGCAGUCCGACGCGGGCAUGUUCCAGUGCGUCGGCACGAAUCCGGCGGGCAGUGUGCAAGCGGCGGCGCGGCUGCGUGUUGUUCAAGCGGAUUUAGAUGGACUCGAAGCUGACAUAGGCAUUACUGGUGUAGCCAGGACAGACGCAGCUGGUGGCAUUCUUCAAACCGUCGGUGGUGUUACGCAUAUAAAUGGUGCUUUGCUGAAUCGUUUGCCGAGUCCGCCACGUGAUUUGGUUGCGCAAAUUGUGAAGCCACGCUUUGUGACGCUCAGUUGGAUGGAACCGAUGAAAAACCCAGUCGAAGUUGUGUCCUACACAGUGUUUUACAAGAUGAACAACAGUGAACGCGAACAAAAAAUCGUCACCAAAUCUCAUGAUGACCAACAGGUGAAUAUACAAAACUUGUUGCCUGGAAAAACAUAUCAGUUCCGUGUAGUGGCCAAUGCCAACUUUGGACCCGGUGACUCUUCUGAGGUUUUGGAAGUACUCACUCAACCGGAGGAAAAUAUUGCUGGUCCGCCACGCAACGUUGAUGGGCAUGCGACAAGCGAAAGAGAGAUUUUCGUUAAAUGGGAUCCUCCCACAGUAACCAAUGGCGAUAUAUUGAAGUAUCGUAUAUACUAUUCUGAGAAUGACAGCGGCGCUGAAAUGUAUCAAGAUAGCACGUCUCUGAGUGUUUUGCUCUCCGAGUUGCGUCCUUAUACCGAAUACACCAUUGCUGUGGUGCCCUUCAACAAGAAUGGCAUGGGUGACCCAUCAAAUGAGAUAAAGGUUAAGACUUACUCAUCCACACCCACAGAACCACCGAAUAAUGUGACGCUGGAAGUAACAAGUUCAACGUCUGUUACAGUACACUGGGAGCCACCAGCUGAAGAGGAGCGCAACGGUCAAAUCACAGGCUAUAAAAUUCGCUACAGAAAACUAAAAGAUACGCCACAAGUGAAGAGUACGCCAGCAAACAUACGCUACUUCGAGCUAAACGGCUUGGAACGUCACUCUGAGUACCAAAUAAAAAUUGCCGCUAUGACCGUGAAUGGCUCGGGCCCCUUUACCGAGUGGAAUCGUGUCAUGACGCUCGAAAACGAUUUGGACGAGACGCAGGUGCCUGGCAAACCCGUUUGGAUCGGCAUACAUCCUGGUGGCGAUAACAUUGCGUUGCAUUGGGGCCCACCACAGCAGCACGAAAUCAAAAUACGUAGCUAUGUGCUCGGUUGGGGUCGUGGAAUACCUGAUGAGAACUCAAUCGAAUUGAAAGAAUCGGAACGCUAUUAUGUACUAAAAAAUCUAGAAUCAAAUACAGAGUAUGUGGUAUCGCUGCGUGCGCGGAAUGUCAAAGGCGACGGUCCACCGAUUUAUGACAACAUUAAAACGCGUGACGAGGAACCACUCGACAUACCCGUGCCGCUUGAAGUGCCUGUAGGCCUCAGAGCCAUUACCAUGUCCAGCUCAUCGAUAGUCGUCUACUGGAUAGACACCACGCUGAGCAAGAACCAGCAUGUCAUCGAUAAUCGUCACUACACCGUGCGCUAUGGCAUCUCAGGUUCUAGUCGUUAUCGCUACCACAACACCACCGACUUGAAUUGCAUGAUCAACGAUCUCCGACCAAAUACACAGUACGAGUUUGCAGUUAAAGUUGUGAAAGGACGCCGUGAGUCCGCAUGGUCUAUGUCGGUAUUGAACAGCACUUAUCAAAAUGUGCCAAUCACGCCGCCGCGUGAACUAACAGUACGACCGGAUGAGCAGAAUCCGCAAAAUGUCAUACUACAAUGGCUGCCACCCAAACACAGUCUGGGUCAAAUAACCGGCUACAACAUUUAUUACACCACAGACACAACGAAACGCGACCGCGACUGGUCCAUUGAGGCAUUCGCAGGCGAUGAGACAAUGAUGAUGCUGCCCAAUUUGAAACCCUAUACCACUUACUAUUUCAAAGUGCAGGCGCGCGUAGGAAAAGGCGCCAGUAAUGCGCCCUUCUCAGCGCUUGUAGCCUAUACGACGUCGGCGACUGUGGUGAUGCAGGAACCGAAACCCAUUGCAAAGGGUAUCAGCAAUGAAAUCGUACUGUAUUCGGUGGUGGGUGUAGUUAUAUUAGUGGUAAUCGUUUUCGCGGUAAUAAUGGUGGUUGUGUGUCGACGCAAGCCCCAAUCCACACCCGAUCACAACAAGAAGAGGUACGAAGAUAGCUACCAAAAUGUGGGAGUGCCAAAGCCGCCAGAUCUAUGGAUACAUCACGAUCAAAUGGAGCUAAAGAAUAUAGAUAAGAAUAUACACAGCACAACGCCAGUUUGUAGUGAUGGUGCUUCGAGUAGCGGUGCCUUAACAUUGCCACGCUCCGUGGUGCACGAGUACGAUGUAGACACACCUGUGCCGGUUACAAAUUCAUUAGAUAAACGCUCGUAUGUACCUGGCUAUAUGACCACAUCGAUGAAUUCCACCAUGGAGCGACCCCAAUAUCCACGCACGCAAUAUAAUAUUUCAGCCAACCGCUCACAUAUGACCGUCGACACGGGUCACUCGCAGCAGAGUUUGACGCAACAGUCAGGCUCUUUGGCACAAACACCUGAGCAUCCCUACGGGUAUGAGGGAAAUUUCUGCAAUCCUGGCUAUCCAAAUGGCGGCGGCGGUGGUGGUGGUGGCGGCCCUGGCGGCGGCGCAGCCAGCAAUGGCGGCGUUUCAACUAUUGAGAGUUCUAAGCGUGGUCAUCCGUUGAAAAGUUUCAGUGUGCCAGGGCCACCACCAACUGGAGGGGUAACACCAGUCAACAAGCACACACCUGCAGUCACAAUACGUCCACAAAAUCAAUCGCCCUACAAGAAACCCUCCUUCUCUGCUGCCACGCCCACAAAUCGCUUGCAAGGCGGCUCGUCAGUGGCACACUCCAACGAUGAAAUACAACGAUUGGCGCCAAGCACUUCAACUGAAGAACUCAAUCAGGAAAUGGCCAACCUCGAGGGACUUAUGAAAGAUUUGAGUGCAAUAACGGCAAACGAAUUCGAAGUUUAGCAGUAAAUAGAAUAAAGUGGACAAAUGAAUGCAAUGAACGAAAUUAUUAAAAAAAAAACUUCGAAAACGUGCAACACACAAAUGGGAAAAUUUUGUCAACCCUAAUGUGGGGCGACGAUAAAGUGUAAAUUUUGCUGAAAGGUUUGCAGUAACGACAAAAACCUCGAUAAGCUUAGCGAAUCAAAAACAAUUUAAGAAAAUAUGAACUUAUGCCGUAUUGCCACUGGGGCAGUGAAAAUACAUUGAAAUAACAAACAGAAAUGGUUAAUUCACAAAAAAUGCCAUGUGAAAACAGGCUUAGUGCCGUGUAGUAUAAUAACUUGAAGGUGUAAAGGCAUUGGCAUUUUUUAUGCACAACUUUGUUAUUAAAUAUUUUUGUCAUUUUAUGCCCAGUGGAAAUCCGGUGUUAUGUAUGUAUAUCUACAUAUAUAUUUUUUAAGGUUUAUAUUUAGAAAUUUAGCAUAUUUUUCGAUAAUCGUGCGCUUCAGUGUAAUUAAUGACAUUUCGGCUGCUAAUUUAUUUUUUGCCAUUAUGUAUUAGUAUUUAAAGUUUAAGAUCUUAGCAUAUUUAAAACUAAUCAACAAUUUCGUGUAAGUUUAAAUGGACUUUCUUUACAAAGGUUGAUGAGGUAGGUGGAACAGAUUUGGGCAUGAGAUUGAAAAAAGUGCUUUUAUUUUAAGUUUUUAUUUUAUAAAUGUUCUUUUUGCAAAAAAAAGUGUGACAUGUACAUAACCGUAAUAUGUAAGAUUUUCACAGUAUAUAUAUAUAUAUAUAUGUAUGUGUAUGUAUUUGAACGACGAAUGUUUACUGUUUAAGCAUUUAAAGUGAAGUAAUUAAUUAAAGUUUGAGAGUAACUCAAAAAUAAACUUCACUACUGCAAAUAACGAAAUUGAAACAACUAAGGACCGGUUUCUCAUUUUUUUUUUUUUUCAGAAAAAAAUUUGUGUUUAAAAGGCAAAUAAAUUUUAAAAGCUACAUGAGAAAACGGCGCUGAAUUGGUUUAAAAUAAAUAUCUCUAAAAUGUUAAAAAAUUACAAAUUGUUAAACUACAAGUAGCAGUCACGGCCUGCCCUGUGCCAGGGCUGUCCAGCUCUCGUGUUCUUUUCUCACCAUCUUCACAUGCAUAUUGCGUGCUCUUUCUUUAAAAUGUUGCGCUCUGAUAAUGCUGCCAUAUAAGAAGUUGGAAUUUUUUCGAGAAAAAAAAAACGCCAUAAGUUUUCGUUAGCAGAAGGAGCCGAAUUUGCUAUCGACUAACGUCUGUCAUUGAAAAUGCUUUUACGAAAAGUUUAAGCUGCUAGAUGCGAGUGACUGUUUAUGCCUGUAUAUACUUAACUACUUGAUACUUUUUUAUAUGUAUUUGCACUUCAUAUUUAUUAAAACAUGCACAAUUGAAACUCCUUGCCGCUAUAUACAAAUACUUGCUAUUAAAAUUAUCAGAUGUAAAAUAUGAAUAAAAUAAUAUUAAAAAAGAUACCCAUCAUUUAUAGUAUAAAUAAAUUUUAUACCAAAACCUAUAUCCCUUUCAUUUCAAAGUUUUCUUUCAUUUGUGUUUAUAUUCGCAUGUGCCAGCUUUCCAUUUUUCAACUUGAAAAAUCAGUUCACAAUUUUGCUUUUAAAUGCAGUUGUAAACUCUACACCCAUAUAUUUUAGAAUUAGGUCUUUUAUUUUUUUCAAAAACAAAAGUGCCAUUUCAUAUCUCACUUAACACUUUACUUUAUUCAGUAAACUGCUAGCGAUUCCUUCAACAUCUCCAAUCAUUUAAAGCAAAAAAAUAUGACUAUUGUCUUAUUUAACCCUAAGUUACACUCUUUUUAAGUUAAGUGGAAAACUAAAUUCAAAAAAAAAAAAAUAUACAAAAGUAAUUACAUACUUCCUUGUUUAAAUGAUCACUUCGUCAUUGAUUUUAUUACUUCACUGAGGAGUGCAAGGCUGAUUAAUGCAUUUGAAGUAAAUGAUCUUUCGGUAUAAGAAGCGAAUGUUUUUAAAUCAAAAAAGUUUUGAAUACUUAAAACUGCCUACAAAACUACUUACAGCAAUUCAGUUAAAAAAUAAAUAAAAAAUUUACAUAAAAUGAAUGCAAACAAAAAUGAACAUAAAAAGAUAAUUAGUUUUAAUUUUCGUAAAUAAGAUCCUGGAAGCCACAUACUUUUUUUUUAUUUAAAAGGAUAAAUGUUGGACUUAUGAAAUGGCAGAUGUUUAAUAAUUUUAUUUAAGCAGCUAACAAUGUAUUUGAAUGCCAUUAUUAUACGCAAGUACAGUGGCGGGAAAACAAAUAGGGAGGCGACAUUUUUAAAAGUUAACUUUUCGGCAGUUUAUAUGGAGGAAAAUGCACAUCGUCAGCAAAAAAAUUGUCAAAAGCAAAGAAAAUUCCAAGCUCCUUCGGGAUUUCAUUUUAUUAGACUAAAAUUUAAUGGGCUAAAAAAUUCAAUAAAUAUUUUAAAAUUUUGAU